AGGCUGAUGUAAAGGUGUGGUUUACCGGUACUGCUUCAUUGUUAAACCGUUUGGAAAUCGCUUGUGCUGUUUAUAGUAAACGACAGUUUUUUAAAUUUUAUAAUUAUGGCAUCAAAAACAACUCGAAAAUCUACUACUACAACAAGAUACCAAUCAAGCGUUAAUACGACAGCUCAGAGUCCACAUGUGUCUACAAGUCGGUAUGAGAAUGAUACUGAAAGGCCAAGUUCGCCGUUAUCACCUACUAAACUGUCUCGAAUGCAAGAAAAAGUUGAACUUCAAAAUCUAAAUGAUAGGUUAGCUGCAUAUAUCGAUCGUGUUCGAAAUUUGGAAAAUGAAAAUAAUCGUUUGACACGACAGGUUCAGACAACCCAGGAAACUAUAACCAAAGAGGUAACAAAUAUCAAGACUCUUUAUGAGCAGGAACUGAAAGAUGCCAGAAGACUUAUUGAUGAGACAGCCAAGGAGAAAGCAAGAUUGCAGAUUGAAGCUGGAAAGUGGAAGAAAGAAGUAGAGGAAUUACAAGAAAGACUUAAUAAAAAAGAAAAGGAUCUUGCCACUGCAGAAAGAAGAGUUAGUUAUGCAGAAUCUCAAGUUCAAGACUUACGGUCUCGUCUCAACCAAGCAGUUUCAGACCGAAAAAGACUCGAAGAUGAACUAAGGGAAGUUCAAGAUGAGAGGGAUAACUUGAUCAAACAGGUAGCAGCCCUUAAGAAACAGCUGGAGGAUGAGAUGCUGAAAAGAGUAGAAAUGGAAAACAGAUGUCAGAGUUUGUCAGAGGAAUUGUCUUUCAAGGAUUCUAUGCAUCAAACAGAAUUGGAAGAGGUGAGGUCAGUUCGUCAAACUGAGAUUGAGGAAAUUGAUGCACAGAAAAGAAACCAGUAUGAAGAAAAGUUAGCAGAGACUUUGCAGGAACUACGGGACCAGUAUGAAACACAGAUGAAAUAUAAUAGGGAUGAAAUUGAAACUGUGUAUGAAGCCAAGAUUGCUGACCUGCAAAAUAACCUAGACAGAAAUUCUGCUCUUGCUUCCUCGGCUAGAGAUCAGAUGAAGAAGUACAAAUCUGAAACUGAAGUGCUAUCAUCAAAAAUUGGUGAACUUGAAAGAAAGAAUGCUUCCCUUGAAGACCGUGUUCGAGACUUGGAACAGAUGUUGGAGCAGGAGCGCGAAUGGCAUAAUGCAGCAUACCGAGCUAAAGAAGACGAACUGAACCACUUGAAGCAACAGAUUAGUCAGUACAUUAAAGACUACCAAGAUCUUCUGGACACCAAAGUAGCUCUAGAUUUAGAAUUGGCAGCUUAUCGUAAACUCCUGGAGGGAGAGGAAAGCAGGUUGAAUAUCACUUUAGACACUUCCACUACAAGCAGAGAUCGAAGUACUUCAGGCCGUGGUACCCCUGUCCGGGGGGUAAAACGAAGACGUGUGGUAUCUCAAACAUCUCUGAAAAGAAGUAGCAAUGCCAGACAGGUUUCAGCAUCUGCUAAAGAAGAUAUUGAAAUUACAGAUCAGGAUCAAGAGGGAAAAUAUAUUAAAAUCCACAACAAGGGAGAUAAGGAUGUGUCUCUUGGAAAUUGGCAAUUAGUGUGUCGAGCUGGAGAAGAAGAAACUAUGCAUAGAUUUCACAGGAAUUUUUUAAUCAAACCAAAUGUGACAGUUACGGUUUGGAGCGCAGAUAGUGGAGUUACCCACAAUCCUUCAAGUGGUGAUAUUGUUAUGAAAGGCCAAAAGUGGAUAACGGGUGAAUCCAUGACGGUGACAAUUCUGAAUUCAGAUGGUGAAGAGAUGGCAGUUCGUGAAACAACCAAAAGAUUACUUAGUUCUCUGGCAGAGACAACCUCUGAAAGUGGGGAGUACCCAGAUGCAGUUAUUGAGGAUGAUCCAGACAAUCCAGAGAAGUGCACCAUCAUGUGAAGCUUGACAUGCUUAAAUAUUUACUAGCAUACACAUGAAACAAUAGAAUACCCUUGGUAGAAUCUAUCACGUCCUGGUGCUGUUUGUAAUUUUCAGAAUUUUAAGUGUUUAAUACGUGGUGGGUUUUUUAACAGUAACUUUAGCAAUUCUUUUGGAUCUCCCAUGCCAUAGGCAGGCUCUUUAUUACAUUAUAGCUGUAAGGAAUGCUGGGUUCUUACAAUAUAUACAUAAAGGUAUUACUAACAUAUGUUGCUUAAUUGCUUAAGACCUACUAAAACCUUGUUGUGUAUGCAAUGUAUUGUCUUUUAUCACCAUUACGUAGGACCUAGUAGUCAUGAUAUAAUUCUAAUAUCAGUUGCUUAAUUGUUUAGAACUUAAACUAUAAUUGGUGCUAUAUGUUGUUAAAGCUUAAUUACUAAUAGGACAGAUUGUUAAUUCUAAUACUUGUUACUUAGUUGUUUAGAAUUUAGAAAAUUUUGUGCUGUAUGUUGUUAUUCUGUUGCUGAAUUAUUAGGACAUCCCAGAACCUAAAGCUACAACAUGUUGUUGUAGCUUGAUAAUUUAAGAUCUUGCAGAUCUAGUGUUAAUGCUAAUAUCUAUUGCUGAAUUAUUAAAGACAUCUCAUGAAACUAGUGACAUUCAUUUUAUCUAUAGUUAGACACUUGAUGCCUAUUGUUCUGUAUGCUAGAACUUUUUAAGAAGAGUUUAUUAGUUAUUGUUAAUUCUGUAGGGAAAAAUAUAUAUAUACCAGGUUUUAGAAGUAAAAAAUAAAAACACUUUCAUCAUUCAUAAAACAGUUUGAAGUACAAAUUUUGUGUGUAGUUUCAAGAAUUUUAUCAACUGAUGUCUGAAAAAAUUCAAACUAUUUGUAUUCAAAAUACUGAAAUUUUAUGGCUAUAAAAUUGCCUUUUCCAGUCAUUAACAGUUAAUAAUUGUUCUUUAUGUUACUGCAAAGUUUUUUUUCUAUAUUGUCAAUGUUAGUUUUUAUUUUUGUAUCACCUUACAUGAUAGAAACUAGAGGGAUUUAUAUUUUUUGUUAUUAAUACAUUAUAGUCAUAUAUAGGUGAAUUAAAAAUUUAUCAACAGUUUUUCUCCAGGUGUAAAACAAAAAUACACAAUAAAUCCUAAAGUAAUUUUGUUCUGAAAAACAAAAAAAUGCAAAAUACUGGUAAGAAAUUGAUUUUGGUAUAAGUUUCGUCAAACAGCCUUAAGCAUCUAGCCUCGUUGAAAAUCAGCUUAUGGAAAGAAAACAAUUUGUGCAUAGUUAGCAUUUGAUGCAGGUGUAGAAGUCUUGAAUCUGAUGUUUCUUCCUUAAAUCAAAUUUAAUUUAGAAUUUUUAUACAUAUAUAUUUACAUAUAUAAGAUUUAAUCUUAGAAUUUUUUGCUGCCAAAUUGAAUUAAGUAACUACAACAAAUACAAAUUUAUAAUAUCAGUGAAUUAGAUAAUUAUUUGUUGUAUAAUAUCGUAACAAGGCAUCUUUUGUGAAUAUGAAUUCUAGAAUUUUUCUUCCUCAAGCAGCAUUAAUUAAAUGAUAGGGAGAGUUUCUUAUCUAAAUUUUUUUUUCAAACUUUUAUUUCAAUUUAUUUCUAAAUUAUAACUUUUGUUGUAAAAAAAAUAGGUAUUAUUAAAACUGUAUCAUUUUAAAACAUACUUGUAAACAAUUUUAGUGACUACCAACAGAAAUGUUUACAGACAUACUCUGCCUUUGGCACUCUGAUGAUCUUUGCCACGUGAUUUGCCAAAUAAAAACCCUUCCCUCCCAUAAAAAGUUAUGAAAGAAAACCCUAGAAUGGUUAUGCCUAUACUUUCAAAUCUAAUUUGUUUUCUUUAACUCUGAUAUUCCUAUGAUUUCUUAUGUAGUGAGUAGAAUUUCAGUAUUAUGUACUUUAGUCUUUCAAUUUUAUGAUAUACUUGAUGCUGUUGUAAAGUUAUAGAAAUUUUCUUAUUUACUAUCAUAACUUAAGUUUUGAGUACUUAUUUAUUAAGAUGUAACUGAUCAAAACUUUGUAUACUCGUGUAUUUUAUUUCUAUAAUGCUUUAUAGUUACAUGAAUACUAAACCAGGGAAAAUGACUUGUUUUAUGUCUUAUUGGAAUAUUUGUAUGGAUCUUACCACAUACAUACUACCAUCUAACCUCGUUUUUGCUUUGUUAGACAUUAAAGUCACACUUAAAUGUAUUCUUUUUUUAUACUUUAUUUAUUUUCGUUCUAUAAAUGCUAUAGAAAUUGCCAUGUUAAAACAUGUAUAUGUAGUUGUUGUUGUUUUUUAGACAUGAAAGUUGCAUGCCAAUGCAUAUUUCUUUUUUUUUUUCCAUGUUUUGAACCCUCUUUAGGCAUUCUAUGGAACUACUGCAAAAUGAAAUAUGCUUUUAUUUUUUACUUUUUGUUUAUGCUUCUUAAAGCUUAAAUUGAUGGGAAAAGAUUACAUUUAAGACAGCUUAUUUUGUAGGCAAAAUUCAGUUCUAUCAUUUUCGAUUCUGGAAUAUAAAAUCUGAUAGUUUGAAAGAUCACAUCAAAUAUUUUUGUAUUUAACUUUCGUAUGCAUAAGGUAUAAGGUAAAUGUCUUAUAAUAAUACUGGUUUUAGACUUUUUCAUCAAAUAGGCAUUUAUCCUUGUGACUAUUGUAGUGUCUUAUAUUGUAAAUUUGUUUGCAUAAUUAUUAAUAUUUAUAAUUAACUGUAUUUAGCAACUAAUUUUUGUUAUAGACGUCUACUGCCAUAAAAAUGUUAGUCAGACAAUCAUUCUAAGUCCUACUUGCCAUACUUAAUACAACGGUUGAUAUAUUAUGUGACUGGUAAAAACUAGAUUUCAGACUAAUAUUUCAUGUGUAAGUAUGGUUUAUUUGAACACACAAGCUUUCAUAUUCCUCUAAGUGGCCUUUGUCAUGUGGAAUACCCAACUUAUCUGACAGACAAGUUUUGUUAAAAUGAUUGACAACUAGUUUCAGAAAACUAUUUAUUGCCCAACCAAUUGCAGCUUAGUUCUGAAUACUAAUCAGGUAAAUUCAUACAAAAUUUAGGACCAUUCUUGACUGUACCAUAUUGUCAUUAAUAAAGAUAUAAACCAAAACAUUUAACAGUAGAUAAAAUUACUUGUGGUUUCUAGAGGUUGUGUUUGUUGUUGUUUUUUUUUUUCAGAAAAGUUAUGUUAAUACUUGCAUUAUAUUCUACAAUUUUAAAUUUAAAAAAUUCUACAAAUUUCACAAAGCAUUCUAUGAAAGAAAAAGAAUCAGUCUACAAAUAGUAAAUGUAACAGUAUUGUUGUGAAAGAACAAUUAUAGCUAUGUUAUAUGUUCAACAGUGGUACAAAAUCCAACAAGGUCUAUAAGUAUAUAUAUAUAUAUACACACUAGUAGUAACACAGUAUUUAGUGUAUACCAAUAAUAAAGUAGAAUACCACUAAUAAUAACUUUCUGUGGUAACUUUAUCCUUGUUAUUUCAGGUGUAAUUAAGUAUUUAUUUCCCUUCAUUGAAAGUUUGCUGAUUUCGAGCAUCAGAUGCAUUUGAAGUGUUAGUCUGAAAGUAUUGUUUAUUUUAUCUGACUGUACUUAACGUAGAAAUGAUUUUAAAAAUACACAUGUGAACAUUUUGUUUUAGAUCACUAGAAAUUCUGAUACUUAACAGCAUAAAAUCAAAGUGGUACUUACAUUUACCAGUUGUGUGGAGUUAGAGGAAAAAAAACAACUGAAGAGGUGUAUCCAAAAAUACACAAUUAUGCAGCUAUAAAACUAAACAAAAAUGAUGUCUUAAAGUAAGAACUACAUAGGAAGACAUUUUCAUGAGGAGUAAGAAAAAUUAAACAUCUUAGUUGCAUUUUUUCUUUAGUGUGUAAUUGUCUUUUAUGCUCAUUCUGGGUUAGUUUUAUAUGUUCAUGGUUUUAUAUCUUUUGUUUAGUUUUGACCCCAGCUACAGUGUUUGUAAUAAUAGCAUUGUAAGAUGUUUAGUUUCCUUACAAGGUUAUGAGGUUUGCUGAAAAACAGUUUAUUUUAUUUUCUCACACUGUAUUUUAAAGUUGUAUUUGUUUGCUCUAAACCAUUAUGAUAUAUUUUAAGAUUUUUAUGGAUAUUUCAGUUUCCAUGAAAAUCCCUUUUUUAUGAGUAUGUAUAUGUAACUAACUCAUUUAACAUAAUUAAUCAAAAACAUCUUUACAAACCCUAGAAUUUUGAGAAAUUUUUACUUUAAUAAAAACAAAGAAAAUGUUGCCAUUCCUUUGUCUAGCAACUUUAUAUUUAAAACAAGCAGAUGGUACACAUAGUGUAACUUUUUUCAAGUUACUGAAGAUGUCCUAGAAACCAUUGUUCAUUUUUCUAAGAUCAGAAAUCCAUUGUGUAACUCACGUUUUUAACAUUUUAAAACUGUUUUAGGCAGAUUGUCAACACAUUAAACAAAAUGUGAAGAAACAACAAUUACUGGCAUGUAUGGUAAAAAAAAGAAAUUUGGUUAAUUUCUAUAGUUUUUGCUAUAAUACAAGUUUCUCAAAAGCUUAAUCUUUUGAUUAAUGUUUGUGGUUGUAUUUUUAUUUGGGUUUUAUUAUUUGUACUGUACACUGAAGAAAGUGAAAUAAAGAAAAUUAUUUAAUGA